CGCUGUGUUCGUCCGACAGGCACACUCAGGGCAACCAGGGCACUCUUUAGACACACGUUCACCUGCGAUCCACGUCGUGAUACGCUACCGAGUUUCGCCCCCCGAGCACGCCGUGAAUCGACCAGUCGAGAGAGACGUUACACGCACACACCGUCGCGAGUUACCGGCGGAUUCGAAGAGCCACUCGAACCUUUCCCGCGCUCCGACUCCGACUACGGUUUUCACCUGUUAACCGAGCCGUCGCACUCUUCUUCUCAGUGGACUUUGUACAGAAAUACCUGGGCACAAAUGAUGAAAGGUAGGCAUCAGAUCCGUCGCCGUUUCAGUCUACAACCGUCGUCCUUGAAGGAGGGACAAGAAGAUGGAACGACGAAGCACGCUAGAAACGAGGGACUAUCGGAAUCGGACAGCGGCGGCGGAAAACCGGCGGAAAGUUCCAUCAGGCACAAGAUCGUCGUGAUGGGCGCCGCGAAGGUCGGGAAAUCGGCCAUCAUAAAUCAGUUCCUUUACAACACAUUCACGCCCAAGUACAAGCGAACGGUGGAGGAGAUGCAUCACGGCGAUUUCAACGUUUCCGGGAUACAACUGACGCUGGACAUCUUGGACACGUCCGGCUCGUACGAGUUCCCCGCCAUGAGAGACCUCUCCAUCAAGUCCGCGGACGCUUUUAUACUCGUAUACGACGUAAACGACGCCAACACGUUCCUCGAGGUCGAGACUCUCAAGGCGCAGAUCUGCAGCACGAAGGGCGCGGUCCCUAUCGUCGUCGUCGGCAACAAAGUCGACCUGGUCGACUCCAAACAAGAGGUGGACCCCGAGAGCACCAGAGAGCUCGUCACGAUGAAGUGGGAAAACGGAUUCGUCGAGGUGUCGGCGAAGGAUAACACCAACGUGUCUCUGGUGUUCAAAGAGUUACUGAUCCAGGCGAAGCUGAAGUACAACUUGAGCCCGGCGCUGCAACGGCGUCGACGGCAGUCGUUGCCGCCGCCGCAACAUUUAAAUUCUCGCAGCAGCAGCGCCCACGUGCCGUCGCCGGCGCAGCUGCAGCAUUUGCAGCAGAUCCGCAAACGAUCAGAGUCCAAGAGGAAUUCCUGCAUUCUCUCGUAAAGGAGCCCCCCUUCGAUGCAACGUUUCUGCCGAUUUCAACGAGAA